CGCCCAGCAACAACGCACACCGCUCAGUGUAUGAAAGUUGCAUUUCAAGGGCAGACGAUCGACUUGUCUGGAGACGAGGGAGCUGCUCGAGAGAGAGAGAGAGAGAGAGAGAGAAAACCCCCAACGAACAACAACAACAACAACGAUGGAGAACUCACAACCAGCAUCUUCCACCAUGUUGAUUUAACGACGGCUGUUUGUGCGCGAGGCCGAGCGGGCAGCUAAUACGUGCUAGCUAACGGCCGUCAAGCUGGAGCCGACUGGAGGAAGAAAGAACAGUUUGACCCCUUAAAAAACACCGACGGUCCGAGUCUGCAAAGGACGGGGAAAGAUGAAGUUUGCUCAGUUUCUGCUGAAGAGCAGCUCCGUCGCGGGGAUACCGAAACAAGUGGAGAGGUUCGCCAAGUUCUCCCCCUCGCCUUUGUCUAUGAAGCAAUUCAUUGACUUUGGCUCGGCCGAUGCAUGUGAGAAGACCUCCUUUGUGUUCCUGCGGCAGGAGCUUCCUGUGAGACUGGCCAACAUCAUGAAGGAGAUCGAUUUUCUCCCCGACAAGCUGCUCGGCACUCCGUCCCUGAAGCUCCUUAUCAGCUGGUAUUCCCAGAGUUUGAUGGAGAUAGUGGAUUUCUUAGAGAAGGAUCCAGAUGAAAAGGAUGUCCUGACAAACUUCACACAGACUCUGGUGAACGUCCGCAAUCGGCACAACAACGUGGUGCCCACCAUGGCUCAGGGUGUGGUGGAGUACAAGGACGCCUUCGGCGUGGACCCCGUCACCAACCAGAACGUCCAGUACUUCCUGGACCGCUUCUACAUGAGCCGGAUCUCCACGCGCAUGCUCAUGAACCAGCACACAUUAAUCUUUGAUGGCAGUGUGAACCCAGCCCAUCCCAAACAUAUCGGCAGCAUCGACCCCAGCUGCGACGUCGUGGAGGUAAUAAAAGAUGCCUAUGAUACUUCGAAGAUGCUUUGUGAGCAAUAUUACCUGACCUCUCCGGACAUGGAGAUCACAGAAGUCAAUUCGAAAAACCCUGACCAGCCCCUGCACAUUGUCUACGUGCCGUCUCAUCUGUAUCACAUGCUGUUUGAGCUUUUCAAGAACGCCAUGAGAGCAACAGUAGAGACCCACGAGACGAGCCCAACGUUGCCCCCCAUCAAAGUGCGAGUCUCACUGGGAACUGAGGACCUCACCAUCAAGAUGUCUGACAGAGGAGGCGGAGUCCCUCUGAGGAAGAUUGAGCGUCUGUUCAGCUACAUGUACUCGACGGCUCCGAGUCCAGUCCACAUAGACAACUCCCGCAAUGCGCCACUGGCUGGCUUUGGCUACGGCCUGCCCAUCUCUCGUCUGUAUGCCAAGUACUUCCAGGGAGACCUGCAGCUCUACUCCAUGGAGGGUUACGGCACCUCGGCUGUCAUAUACUUGAAGGCCUUGUCCUCAGAGUCGGUGGAGAGGCUUCCUGUCUUCAACAAGUCAGCCUUACGGCAUUACCAGACGAGCAUGGAGGCCGACGACUGGUGCAUGCCCAGCAAGGAUCCAAAGAAACUGGGCACUUCCAGUGAAAAAAAGUGGAUUCUGUGAUGGCGGACCGAAGUGAAGUGACACUCUUUAUGUAGUUUAAUUUGAAGAAUUCUAGAAUUUAAAAAGAAAAGUAUCCACGUUGGACGGAAGAAAUGAACAAACGCGCUCUGUAAGUAGGGGGGAAGGCAUGCUAACCGACCUGGACUUGUGUACGCGCAAAUGUGGAUUAAUUUCUCACAGAAAGAAGCAUAAAUCAACAACUCAUUGUUGUUGAUUUAUGCACCGAAAUCACUGAACUGAACUAUUACUACCAGCCUCAAGGGAUUUGAUGUAGUUAUACUGUACGAUGAUUACUGCCUGCUAUUGGUAAUCUAACAAGUAUUAAUCUUAUUUGCCACACUCACUUUUCAGGUUUAACAACCCUGUUACACUUUGUUAGUCAGUAUGAAGAACAUAAUUUAAUAUUGUAAGACUGAAAAAUAUUCUUUCAAUUCAAUUACCUCAACAAGCUAAUUCAAUUAAAUGUUUAUGAAGGCUCAGAAAAAAAAAGCCUGCAGGUUCAUUUGAGUUAAACAGAACAAAAAUCAACGACCAGCACAAAGACAAAGGGAGAAAAGUAUUUUCCUUCACUUUUGGACAUGUAGGCAUUUCAGUCAUUCAUGACUUCCAGCAUUGAUUCACAAAGACAAUUGUAUUUCAAGGUGGUCUAUUUCUAAUACAACCACAGCGUUUCAGAGACACUAUGAGGAGAAUUUGCACUGGUCUUGUGUGUGGUGUAAAAUUACAUCAAUGUAUUUUAGCCUGUUUUAUAUAUGAUGUUAAAAUGAGUGAUGGACAUUGAGUUGCAGAAUGCUAAACGAUGAUGUGCCUUUCUGGGGAAGUAUAACGGAUAAAAAGAAGUUAUUGCAACGUAUUUGAAGUUAAUCUGUUGGUUGAACUGUGAAUAAUUUUAUUUGAACUGUAAAACCGCCAAAUUAACCUUGAUCAUCUCAGUAAUAACCGAAACAGAACUGAAAUACAAACUUAUUUUUAACUUGCUCCAAGAAAGUUUGAAGUGCUUUCAAAGAGUAACUGUCUAGAACUGCCGUUUGAUAAAGCUGUAUUUAUCUAACAGAUAGUGUUAUCUUCAUCCAACAUACAUUUAACCUCCUAAUAAUAUGUAUUUGCCAAGUUUUAGAAUUUUAGAAUUGCCUCAAGAUCGUUGUUGAUUCAAAUGUGAACACUAAGUUUAUAUUGUUGUGAUUUGCAAGCUGUCUCCGACGGACACGUUGCACUGUACACUGUGUUGUGUUACUGUACCUUGUGGCCACAGUAGAAAGACCAGUGAAUGUGGAAAAUAAAAAUCUGACUUUGGCAACCCGAAA